GACGGGAAGUGACGGUUUGCGGCGGCCAUCUUGUUGCGGGGCACCCCCAUCCGCCGCAGUGGUUGCCCGUUGCGAGAGCGGGGCGUCACUCAACUUUAUUGAGCGAGGGAGGGAGGGAGGACAGGGGCUGCCCCUCACCCCCAGAACCAAGAUGGCGGCGGAGGGCAGGGAGACAACAACAACAACAACCACCACCUCCACCUUAACAAGCACCGCCGGCUCUGGGCAGCCCUGAAGGGCAGACACUUCCCCUUCCCAGGCGCCCAGCAGCACCUCCUUUUUAUUUCUUCUUUCUUUCUCUCCCCCCCCGUCUCUUCCAUUUCCUUAUUUGUUUCGGAAAACCAGUUUUUUUUUAAAAAGAGAAAAACAACAAAAACAAAAACACAGUUCGUUGGCUUAGCUACAACAACAACCCCUCACCCCCCCCCUCCAAUAAUCUGAUCUCUCUCUCUCCUUUUUUUAUUUGUUUAAAAUUCCUCCUUCCAAAAAGAUUUCCCUGGGGGGGGGGGGGGGAGGUGGGGGUUAAUUUUGACAAAAGAAUCUAAUGACAAUGAGGCAAUAUUCACUUUAACUGAGGCGAGGCGAGAGAAGUUGGAUCCGCAACAGAGCCAGCAGUCAAUCCUGGAGCAGGCUCUGCUAACCUGUGGAUCACCUUGAGGCACGUGGCAAGAUGGGGGACAGGGGCAGUGAAUUAGAUCUGAAGCCUGACUUCAGGAAUGGCAGCCUGUCGAGCAGCCCCGAGGACACGGAAGAGGCGCGCGAGUCUUCCUCUGGCAUCGAGGUGGAAGCCUCCGACCUGAGCCUGAGCCUGACUGGGGAUGAGCACAUGGCGGAGGAGGAGGAGGAUGAGGAGGCAGGUGGCCAGCGCCGAAGGGAAGGGGGCCGGCACGGCACCGACAAGGAGAGCUCGGACGAGCGGGACUCGGACUCGCUGGAGGACACCGGCACCUACUCCAUCGUGGACGAGGACGAGGAGGAGGAGGAGGAGGGCGGCGGAGAGGAGCGCGAGGAGGAGAGCAAGAUGGAGGACGGGCAGUCCGGCCCCCGGGCCCGGCGCCGCCGUGGGCCGAAGCGCGCCAGUGAGCCGGAGCGGGACUCCUCUGAGGAGGAGGCGGCGCUGGAGCGCUGGGUACACUCGGAGGUGGCGGCGCUGCCCCCCCCGACCUGGUGCGCGGCACCGGCGCUGGGGGGCCGGGAGAUAGGCCGGGACCCCCGGGCCUUCAUGUACCGGGCGUGCGGGGCGCGGACCUUCGUGGAGCGCCUGCGGCUGCAGCACAGCCUGGAGCACCACGCCGGCUGUGUCAACACGCUGCACUUUAACCGCCGCGGCACCUGGCUGGCCAGCGGCAGCGACGACCUCAAGGUGGUGAUCUGGGACUGGGCGCGCCGCAAACCUGUCCUCGAGUUCGACACCGGUCACAAGAGCAACGUCUUCCAGGCCAAGUUCUUGCCGAACAGCGGUGACUCGACGCUGGCCAUGUGUGCUCGGGAUGGCCAGGUUCGCAUCGCUGAGCUCUCAGCCACAGAGUGCUGCAAGUCGACCAAGCGAGUGGCCCAGCACAAGGGCUCUGCACACAAGCUGGCUCUGGAACCGGACUCCCCCUGCACCUUCCUGUCAGCCGGCGAGGAUGCGGUGGUCUUUGCCAUUGACCUGCGACAAGAGAGGCCAGCGUCGAAGUUGGUCAUCACCAAGGAGAAGGACAAGAAAGUUGGCCUGUACACCAUCUACAUGAACCCCUCGAACACCCACCAGUUUGCUGUUGGAGGGAGGGAUCAGUUUGUCAGGGUGUAUGACCAGCGCAAGAUAAAUGAGAAUGAGAACAACGGCGUGCUGAAGAAGUUCUGCCCUCAUCACCUUAUCAACAGUGAAUCAAAAGCCAACAUCACGUGUUUGGUCUACAGCCACGAUGGCUCUGACCUAUUAGCAAGCUACAACGACGAGGACAUCUACCUCUUCAACUCUUCCCACAGCGACGGUGCUGAUUACGUCAAGCGUUACAAGGGGCACCGCAAUAACGCUACAGUUAAAGGAGUGAAUUUCUACGGCCCCAAGAGCGAGUUUGUCGUGAGCGGCAGUGACUGCGGCCACAUCUUCCUCUGGGAGAAGUCAUCCUGUCAAAUUGUCCAGUUCAUGGAGGGCGACAAAGGGGGAGUGGUGAGUAUAAACCGCCGAGGGGUGUGGGCUGUACCGUAUGUAACUUUUAAUUCCCCUGGAGUGCGGGAGGGGGGUCCCCCUCUAACCCCGAAGCAAGGCCAUGCGCCUCCUCCCAUCUGGGCUUUCGGAGAACUGCCUGAGCUCCAUUUCCACGCACUUGUUGUAUUUGCUUUACUGGGGAGGGGGCGGCUUGCUGGUGUUAUCACGAGACUCUUAAUCCAGAGACCAGAUUAGAGCGGCGCUGGAAAA